UUUUUUUUUCUCUUUUUGUUGUCAGGAAUUGAGAAGGGAAAAAUUCACGUUACUGGAGGAUGCCAAUACGUGUCAUUUAGCAACAGUUUCACCAGCGGAACACCUGUAAGAGUGUUCGUCUCGGUAAAUCACGGAAACGAAUCAUCUGAAAUUCAUAAUACUUCUUUAGUGUGGGUUGAAGAUGUGACAACGAGCCGUUUCAGAGCCUGUGUUGUGAGGGGAGACCAGGGAUCUAAUGGGAACAUCACCGUUGAUUGGCUUGCAUUCCAAGGUUCGCAGUCAGGAGUUGAUUACGGCGAAACCAGAUUUACCUUAUUUACCACUGGUACAAAAUGCAAAACAGUCACGUUCUAUCAGGUAACGUCAAUGUCUGUUCUAGGGAGUAAAGCUGUGAAUAAAAAAGAGUUCGGUAUUACUUCACUGACUAUCAUGCUGAUAAUAUCGAUCGUAGUUUUGGGAGUAAUCAAAAACAUGUUCAGCGCUUUAUGUGAAAAAUGUAGUGCAUGGACGGCUUUCCGCAGAAACAAUGGAAAUGGUGAAAACGCAGUACUUUGUUUCAGUGGUGAUGUGAUGAGAAAAACAAAUAAAACAAUGUAAAACACCAAUCUCAAUUUUAUUUUAGGUAUUUUCAUCAGUUCCUAGAAUUCAAGUGACUGUCAAACAUGAAACCCUCGAUCAAAUGAAGGACGCAAUGAAUGUGUGGAUAGAAAGCAUUUCAAGAAGCCAGUUUGAAGUUUGCUUGCGGGAGUCACGGACAUUUGGUGGAGCUCAUAACGGCCUUGUCGUGGUACAUGUUACUUUAAUUUUGAACGAUUUUAAUCUAUUUUUUAAGUGAUUGCAAUCGCCUGUGUACAGUCGCCCCCCUCCUCUCAGAAAAGAUCUCCCGCUAUGAUUGCAGUUAGCUCAAAGGGAAUGCGUAGCUGAUUGAUUUGAUUGACUUGGCAAGUAGGUUAUACUGUUUCAGUGGUAGUCACUGAAAAUUUUGGGGUGGAAAGGAUUUGAGAAGUUUUAAGAUGAUUAGAGAAUAAAUUUCCCUUAUUAUUAUUAAUAAUAUUAUUAUUAGUAGUAGUAUCAUUAUUAGUAUUAUUAUUGUUAUUUAUUCUGUAGAACUGGAUGGCAUACGAAGCGUUUCCCUCUUCAUGGGAAGCUAAAGAGACCUCCCUUGUACUAUUCUCUGAGAACGAGGUCCCGACUAUUGAAAACAAUUUCGCGUUAUGUAAGGUGAGUGUUAUUAGGUGAUCAGCGUAAUAGAUUAGUCGAUAGAAUAAAUGGCGAAGCAAAGGACGCAAUACUCGGCCUUCACCCUCAGUGGAUAAAAUCCUCCGAGAUUUGCAUAAUUCUUCACAUCAUACGAAAGCCGAAUGCAAUAAUUAUUUUAUUAUUCAUUCAAAAUAUUUUUAAGUUCCUAACAAGCUUACCUCCUCGAAGACUUUCUUCUAAACUCUGGCUUUUUUGGGCACAGUUUCAGGAUAUAAACAUAUAGGUUUUUGUUCUGCAGACAUUUCUUCAGUUAAAAAGUAGAUAACAUAUGUCGAGCAAUUUCUGUGUAUUCUUGCUUUCCUUCCGUUCAGUUUAGUCAGACAUUGGGAACGCUUUUUUUAGUUCACUCGUAAAUAAACAGCGGAUCUAGAGAUGCCAACCNGCAAACCUUGUGUGACAAGCGUGACAAUAAUUUUAUUUGAAACAACUUUUCGCCAAACUUCACUUUCCUUUAAACAGAUCUUUUUGUAAAGGAGCAGAAAACCUUGGUGUUAAGUGAAGAUCACGACAAAACCCACAAGUGAUAGCCCUGUCACGUUUGUCACACACAGCUGUUUUGCCGUCCUCUUCUUCCUGCCGUCCUGUUGCGUAAACUCACUAUUACGUGAUCAGCGUAAUAGAUUAAAGGACGCAAUACUCGGCCUUCACCUUCAGUGGAUAAAAUCCUCCGAGAUUUGCAUAAUUCUUCACAUCAUACAAAAGCCGAAUGCAAUAAUUAUUUUAUUAUUCAUUCAAAAUAUUUUUAAGUUCCUAACAAGCGUACCUCCUCGAAGACUUUCUUCUAAACUCUUUUUUGGCACAGUUUCAGGUUAUAAACAUAGGUUUUUGUCCUGCAGAUAUUUCUUCAGUUAAAAAGUAGAUAACAUCUAUCGAGCAAUUUCUGUGUAUUCUUGCUUUCCUUCCGUUCAGUUUAGUCAGACAUUGGGAACGCUUUUUUUUAGUUCACUCGUAAAUAAACAGCAGAGAUGCCAACCUCUGGAAAUCAAAAAUCUGGAGACUUUUUAUUUUGCAUUACCUCCCCCCGCCCCAUAAGCACAAUUUGAUCCAGACCCUAAUCUGCUUAGGACAUUAUAUGAAGUCUUACAUGAGUUACAGAUCAUCACAAUUCAGUUUUAUGGGUGUAAUGGCGAAAUAAUCUUUGUCAGUGAUGCAAUACGUGCGAAAAUGCCCCAGAAACCGAACUUUGAAUCAAAGACAAUUCGAAUUUUGGUAGAAAAGGGGAUAAAUUCCAAAGUAAAGCACAGAAAAGCUCAAAACGCGAUUUUAUGCGGGAGAUUUGGUGACCCGUACGGGAGACCGGGAGAUUGUUGUCGUAUCCGGGAGAGUUGGCAUGUAUGAAUCAGUUGGACCGCCGCGCCUGGAAAUGAGGUUGAUCGAUAAUCUAUUGCCCAUGCAACCCCGUUUCCAAAUCAAUAUAACACCGAUCAAACUCGUUUCCAAGUCAAUAUACCAUCGAAUCGAUGGUAUAUUGCUCGCAUCUUUCAAAUUUGGUCAACGCCAGUUGAAGUUUUGAAGAAUUAGCAGGGGACCUUGAGCCAAUCAGAAGCGGAGAAAUAGUUCGAAUGAAUAAUAAUGUAUUUUAGCCUCAUUAUCCACUACUUAUUCUCCAUGCUCAGUUCAAUGCGAAGAAGGUUAUCUGUAUUAUUUGUAAUAAUUGUUCCUUGAUAAGAACAGUUCUUGAACAUCUCAAAGUUAAUUAAGAAGUCGUGGUACUAACACGAGAUUGUUGGCUGUAAUAAUGGUUAUUCUUCUUGUAGAAUGUUACUUUUAAGAAGCCAUUUUACACGCCACCAGCGGUGCUAACAACUGUAACCAAUUAUGGAAGUAACCGUUCCAACAGAGCGUGCGCAGUCAAAGGUCCAUUAAUGAGCUGGCUUGAGGUAGGUGACUUUUCUAUUAACCAUACGUUAACUGAUUCAUAUAUAGUAACAAAUGAGAGAGAAUUUUAGCUCCCCGGGGGGGUGGGGGUUUACUCCGGAUUUCAAGUGACGGUGAUGAUCGAAGGAUUUUUUUGGGUUUGAAAUUUUCGAUUCGGGUAUUUUUUUUGGGUCAGAACGUUUUGUGAGUAUUUUUUGGUUGGCUUGUUUUAAGUAGGGACUUUUUUGGGUAUGUAUAACAAUCUGUAGAUUGGUAGUAGUGCCCUAGUAUCCCAGCCGCAAACACAAACACUCAAUUUCUAACCUAUUUUUCGUGUUGUAUCAUUUAAGUGCUUUCUGGAAAUUUGUAAGGCUCAAAAAUUCGGUAUAGGGUUUUUGGGGGGCUUUCUUGGAAGCCCUAGGGAGUUUUUGGGGUUUUGAUUUUAGCAGCCAUUCGAUCAUCCCCGUCGCUUGAAAUCGGGAGUAAUUUCCUCCCCCCACCUCCCCCUGGGAGUUUAAAACACACUUUUAUUAUUUAGUGGCUGGGUUUGAUCUGUACGCGACUGCAAGUACUCUAAAACACUUCUACCCUAAUUUUACAAAUUUAAAAGAUCAACAACUGAACAUUGAGUAAACCAUGUUUACUUUGUUUAUUUCAAAGGAGGUGACUAAAACUCACUUUCGAGUGUGCAUCAAAGACUUUGCGGGAUACGAUGGUCAGAGAAGCGAUGCAGCCGUGGACUACUUGGUUAUCGGAGGUGACAUUAGCUACAAUUUUUUUUAUUUCUGUGACUCCCAAAUGUUCCAUUCAUGACGCCUCUGAAAAAUACUUCAUCUAAAAAUUAAGUAACCAACGAGUGGAUUUCUUUAGGUAUCCAUUUAGUUACUCCUCUCCCUCCAAAAAAGCAGGUUUCUACAACUGAACCCCCCGUCACUAGUCAUGUAUUGAAACUUUCUCAGAUAGAUAAUAAACCGACUCAAUAACGCUGGAUUGUACUCUUUUUCAGUCUUUACCAUAUUACAUCCUAUAGCCUGUAUAGCCAUGAGCGUGGAAUAUGAUGAAAAAUCACAGACUUUAGACCCAAGACGCUGUCCAGCAUUUUUAAUUUUCUACCCCAGUUCCCAAAUUAGAUUUUUUUUUUUUCAUUAGAUAUUGAUCCAUGUUACAAUGUAAGCUGUAAGUACUACAGUCAUUGCAAAGCCUCUUCUGCACAACAGUAUUCAUGCGUUUGUGAAAGCAGCUGCCCUUCGUAUGAUGAACAGGUGUGCGCUUCCAACGGUCGCACCUUCAACAAUCUGUGCUUGCUAAAGAAAGAGAUUUGUGAAACACAAGGAAACUACACUCAGUAUCAUCCUGGCAGUUGUACAGGUAUUUGAGUUCAGUCUAAUUUUAAUAACGAAGUUCUUUAUUUAGGUUAGCAUUUGGUGUUGUCUUCCCUUUUUCUUCCAUUCGCUUUCACUUUUGUUUCUUUCAAUAUUUAUUUUUUUAUAUAGGAUUUCCAAUGCAAAAGGGAAGGCAUGAGUUCCAAAAUCUUCCAUCGUGGGCAGAGGAUCAAUGUGAGGCCAUUCAAUUCCAGCCAUACAUAUUUUACCCCCACCAGAAAAUCCAUAUUCAGCUCACUGUUAACCACGUCAACUACACUGAUGCUGCAUUUGUACACGAGGCUGUUAUACCUUGGGUUGAAAGUGUCAACAGCACUCAGUUUACCGCCUGUGUCACUCGAGCAGGAAGAAAUGACUACCCUGCAGAUAGCUUUGCCACUGUUGAUUGGAUCGCCUACCAAGGGGCUCCCCCUGGAGGUGUGGCCGGGGAGGAAAAGUUUUCUCGAUGGUGGACUGGAACUAGUUGUCAGACGGUGACAUUGCCAAACGUAAGUGGACGCAAGGGAAAUUAAAAUUUAAAAAACAACCUAGCAAGGUUAAGAGAUGUUCAGAAGGGACUAAUGUCAUUGGAAAAAUUGGGCUUAUUAUCUGAUUAAUUUUUCAUUGUUACCAUCAACCCCUAGGUUACUUUCAAUAAUGAAUUGGUGCGUUACCUUUUACGGCCGACGAAGCAACAAAUAAAAUUUGUGUAAAAUUGUAUUAAUCGUUAGAACUUGCCAAGAUGAAUGAAAUUCCUAGUUUUGGAUUAAAGAUGCCAUCUAAGAUAGGCGGCCAAUCUUGCGAAACGAUCUCAACCCUAUUCGAAUCUUUUUAAAAAGCGGAAUGUAGAACGUAUUUUGUUUGUUCUCGUACAUUCUCUAAAAAAUUCAAAUUCCAACGAAAUGAACUGCCAUAGAGCCUGAGCUACCUGUAAUAAAUAAAGUUGUAGGGUAAGUGUUCAGAGUUUACAGACAUUUCAAUGCCUGCGCAUGAAAACGUUACAACAGUGAUCAUGAUUUUGUUGUUGUUGCUGUUGUUUUUCUCAAGGGAAAGUACACUAUUUCACCAACCAUAUUCGUAACAGCAGCACAUCACAGAGCACAUCUGAGACACGAUGCCGCCACUGUCUGGCUUGAAAGUGCGUCCGCAAGAUCCUUCAAGAUUUGUAUCCGAGAGCUUCAAAACUUUGCCGGAGUUCAUGACGACAUUUCUGUGGUAAGCUUAUAAUGGAAAUCAUGUAACAAUAGAUUGUUCUACACGGACAUACUCACUUUCACCUACUGUACAAUGUCAUAUUCUUUUCUUCCAUUUUUACAUUUGCAUUUUCUCAAAGCCUGCAGUGCAUCCAUCGUAGUUUGAGGAGCAGUGAGACAGCGAGAGCACAGUAUUUCGUAAUUCCUGCAGUCGCCCUUUUUCAAUUUUAAAGAAGAGGAACAUGGUAACAGUAUAGUGCUGCCUGUCACUAUUGCAUCUUUAGUUAGUGCACCACAUCGUGAGCGACUUCUACUGUGCUGCUUCCGGGGGAUACUACCUAUAAUGGCCUAUACGGGGAGGCUAGCGCUCCGUCUGAAAGGGGUACCUUUUCCAGGCUUCUGGUAUAUGAAAGGAUAGGGAAAUCUGUAGACUUUCUAAAAGUCCUUUAUUUUUCUCCUGGUUGGUUCAUCGCUCGCUCGGUCGGUGCGCAAUCUCAUGUAUUGAAGCUCGCUUCGCUCAUUUUUAAUGACUUGUAAGAGGUCGACUUGUAGCAAGUCUAGGAAAUCUGUCAUUUCGGUCUGUAAAAAGGCCCAAAAGGGCUACCAGAUGCGUUUUAUGGCUGUGAAAAAGUCGAGAAAAAGUGCUGGUUUUGUAAUUUAUUCAUAUUUAAAAGUAGGAUGUUCACAGGAAUACAAAGUUCUAAUCUAGAAACAUGAAUGGGUUAACAUUUGCCAAUAAAAAGUACAGUCAAACCCUCUUCAAUACGAGCACCAAAGGGACAGAACCAAGUGUCCGCUUUACAGAGGUGACCGUAUUAUAGAGGUAGGGAUGGAUGAUUUUUGGAAUUUCUGAGACCAAACGAACUGUCCUUAAUGGAGAGGUGUCCGUAAGGAGAGGUUAGACUGUAUACAAAAAGAGCUACCUUUUUUGUCAAAAAUGGUAAUAUAUAAAGGGGUAAAGGGUUGGACGUUGGGACGGGGCUCCCCGUACAAACUUUGUUGAGCAACCCCCGGGUGCACUGCUCCCCCUCCCGUCUCUCUUCCUCUCUCCCUCUCUCUACCCACCCCAGACAUUUUUUAAUUUCUUUUAUUGUUUCAUUGCAGAACUGGCUAGCGUUCGAAUCAAUUCAUAGGCCCUUAUUCACAGAGCAUAAUGAUGUAAAUUUUCAAAACGGAAAUGUACCCUCGAAAAGCAAUAAUUUUGCUUUCUGCAAGGUAUGUAACUAAUCCCUCCCCGUAGCAAGAAAGCAAGACUACUAACGGGGAUAAGUUUGGGAAAAACAAGUCUUUUCUUCAAAACAAUUCGUGGAGACUCCAGCACUUAAAAGUUAUAUCCUUUUGUGAUAAUGUAGAGUUUCAUAAAAGAAACAAAGUAACUUAAAUGCGAGUAAAGUUUCUGUUUUAUUUCUAUGGCAGGACGUGAGUUUCGUACGAAGUUACAUCAAUUUUCCAACGGUGCUGCUAACAGCCAAACAUUCUAGCAGUGGAGGAAACGCGGCCCCAGAAUGCAACGGAAAUGUCAGCUGGGUUGAGGGCCAUAUUCUAUAAUUUCUACCACAGGCAGACCAUCGUUUGAGUUAUAGCCUGUGUCAACCAACACGCUCGGCUUGAUUCAAGUGAUCGGGCAGAAAAACCGAUUUUUGCAGCAUUUUGAUCCCCCAGUCAAAAGUUGAAAAAAUGUAAAAAAAAAAAAAAAAAGAAAUGAAAGAAAGAAUGGUGAAUGAUUUUUACUUACCGGUUGCUUUUAGUACCGUCUUCUGCGCGCCUUUUGGUGGCCAGUUUUGAGUCGCUUGAAAUUAGCGCCCCGGAUAACGUUUUUCGUUGUAUUACGUAUCUUGUCGGAGAGCCAACUUCAAACCAAUGCAAACGACUCAAAACGCCACCUAAACCCAAAAGACCACACUAAAAGCAAAACAUAAGUAAACUUUAUUCAUNGCAGUCACGACAAGGCACGGUCUGCUUCACCUGUUACAUUUGAAACCAUAAAUUUAGAAUAUCGAUACAAACAAUCGCCUGCAUACUUAUAAUAUACACUGAGUAACUAAAUUUAUUACGUAACCAAACCUUAACUACCCCCCCCCCCGGUUAGCUGUAUUAGGAAAGCCCUUGACUGCUGACUGUGAAUUCGUGCAGCCAGUGCGUUGGUGUCUACAAGAACUUGGUGUCUAUGACUCCUCGUAUUCCGUUACGGUGGCGGGGGAGCGAUGGUUAGCAGGCUCGCUUGUUUACUGUUGCGCUACUGUCUUAAAGAAACGUAGUACUCGUACUCUAAUAAUAUCUAAUGAGUUGGUCGUGAAGUGAUGCAUAUUCAAUCUCAGUCUCCUUCUGAAUAACAAUCUGCCCUUUUCUUGUCACGGAAAACAUACAUUUAUUUGUGAAAACAUUCCUUUCACAAACUUUUAUCUUUUCCUUGACUUUAAGUUUAUCAACAACUCUGGAUUUCGAAUUUGCGUCAAAGAACUCUUUGUUCAGCAGUUUGAUCCACUGACUGUAUCAUAUGCAGUACUGGCAGGUAUAAUGAGAUCCGUUGCAUUCAGUAUAACAAAUAAAUAUUGAAUAAAAACUGCUCCUAUAUUGGCCGACUAUUACUGACAAAAGCACUGAUGGUGUACUUUCUUUAGUAAGUUAUGAUGAUUAAGUGUUAUUAGGCAGCGAUUUUACUUGACAAUCAAAGUCAAUAUUAAAGCAGAAUCAUCAUGUGAAAGGUAAGCUACGUUUAGAGGAAUUAUUUUGAAUUCUUAAUUUGGAAUUAAUGAUAUAAAAUGAGGAAACAAUUUUCCUGGUUUGUUCUUUAAAACAACGAAAAACCGAUACUAUUUGACGCCUGCAAAAAUUUGUCGCCUCAUGGGAAUUAAAUGAUACUUUCUGCCACUGAUUCGUUUAUUUUGGUAAUUAAACUAAGUGGGGUGCAAUUUGGUCUGAAAUCAUGCGCGUAAUCGCAAGAUGAACGAGCGGGUGAACGCGAGUUCGAUUUGAAAUCACAAGACAGUAUGGUUUCAGACCUAAAUUGCACGACACGAGUUUGAAAAACCACCGAGUUUGAAAUCAGGAAAUAUUUUGAAUCCUGUAUUGAGGGUAUUAAAUUAGAUUAAAUUUAUACAGGAUUUUAGUCGGUACCAAUAUUUUGUUAAACUAAACAGAAAUGAUGCGAUUUAGAGUAACAUGGUACAAAUUAGAAAUGAUGCGAUUUAGAACCAAAAACGAAGUGGUAUAGAUCAAUAAGAAUUGCUUUUUUGAACAAAAAUGAUGUGAUUUAGUACAGAUGUGUUUUAAAGUAUAAAACAUAGUGUGAUUGAUUCCUGAAUAUCUCACACUGCUGGUAGCCAAUCAGACUGAAAGGAUCCAAGGCAAUUUCAAAAUGGAUGUAAUAAAUUCGAUUAUUAUUUUACAGACAUAUGUCCCAGCGACUGGACCUAUUUUGAAGGGUACUGUUACAGAAAAGUGUCAUCCUGUGAUUCGUGGAGCGGUAGUCAAGGAAAGUGUUCAGUUCUGGGUGCUAAUCUUCCCAGUAUCCACAAUCAGGAAGAAAAUGUCUAUGUUCAAAACCUCCAUGGAGGGGAGCAUUCUUGGUUGGGCCUCACUGAUAUUAAUUCUGAAGGAACGUUUGUUUGGAGUGAUGGAACUUCUUUUAACUUCCAUUACUGGGCAAGCCACCAACCAAACAACUUCAGAAAUGAAGACUGUGUCCAUACCCUUGGGUUUCUCCGUGGUCACGAGUACAAGUGGAAUGAUGUCAAUUGCUCUGACUGUCACAAGUUCACUUGCAAGAAAGGUGCCCCCUUAACUAUGUAGCAAAUUGUACUGCUAUAACCAGCCAAGCAAUUCGUGAACAAAACGACUUUAUCGGUCAAAAAUGUUGUGCAGCUGCAAACUGUAGGAACCGAUUGGAAGCAACUGACCAAUCAUGUCUCUUGCAUUUCAGUCAUUAUAGUUCGCAUCUAUGACCUACAGUAUCUGUUAUGUUCCUCCUAAAAUUGAUUGCCUUGAAUUUUUCCGUAGUCCAUUUUUACUUUCUUCGUCCAUCGUCAUGCGUUUUUCAUAGCCGGAAUAGAUCAAGAAAGGACUAACUGGAGUUUACUUACAGUGUGCAUGCAAAUUCUUCUUCUUCUUCUUCUUUUUUUUUGUUCUGGAAUCGGUGUACCUAGCAUCGAAGAUUCCCUCAACUAAGGUAACAACCAGUAACAGUUAGAUUACUUACUGAAAGAUUAUUUCUUUAAUGGUAGUGCUAUUUAUUUCAAAUUGAUUCAAUUCAGAUUAUAACGAGUGUCAAGGCUUCUCGUACGACUGUCCAGUGAACGCCACCUGCGUGAACAAUGAUGGUUCUUACACAUGUCGAUGUCCCUCUGGAUAUCGUUUUAGUGGAAAGAACUGUACAGGUGAGUAGCUUUAAAUACCUUAAAUAUCUAUUAGAUGAAAAUGACAAAAACAGCGAAUUAAGAACCGAUGCAGUUAAUUUCAGAAAUUUUGACAUUGUAAGGCAAUUAAGUUCACCAUAAUGUGUAGAGAUUAACAGCACCAUGGACAUGUCCUCAUAUUAUACACGCAGUCUUCCUCACAGAAGACUUCUCAAUUCCUUUAUCAGAGAUUACAAAUCCGUGGAUAGGCGCAUGACCUAAGUCAACGCUCAGUUAUUGGCAUUUAUUCUAGAAGAAGGUAUUUGAAACAAGGAAACUACAAUUUGUUUGGGUUCCGGAGACUCCUGCGUCAAAUUUUAAUCAGCUGUGCAUGAGUUAUCGCGGUUAAGAGCCGGUCAAGGGACGGUUGUGUUUGUAGCCUCCGAGAACACGUUAGCAAGGGGUUGUCAUGAUGAAUCUUUGAAUGUGAAUAGCUACCAAAUCGCGCGCUUUCCAGUGGUUCGCUUUCGGUUUAGGAAAAGGACUGUGUUAUCACCAGUAUUGCGACUAUUUUACCUUUCCUUCCGAGUAAAACUACUGCUAUAAAGACACCAUACAAUUAAAAAAAAGCUUAUUGUGCCACGUCCUUGGAAGCGUGGACUCGGAUGCAAAACGUCUUGGGAAGAAUCAUUCCUCAAACCCGUUUCUUUUACAGAUGUGAACGAGUGUCAAACAGGAUCAUACUCUUGCCAUGCUCAGGCUCAGUGUGUCAAUGUUCCUGGCUCCUACUCUUGCAAAUGUUUACCAGGCUACACCGGUGAUGGAAAAAGCAAAUGUGAAGGUACAUAUUUCCAAAUUCAAUAAAUAUAAAAGACUGCUAUAUUCAUCAAGUCAAUGUAUUUAAGGGACUGGCCAUAAGUAUAGGGGGGUGUGCCGGGGACAGAGAGGUGGUGGGUCAUCCGUUUUUGAAUCCUUUGUAAGGGGUGGGUCGAUCAAUUUUCAGCUGGCCUUUAGGGGUGCAAAUAUAUAAUUGAUACUAAUAAGACAGUUAGGCCACAGAUAAUAUAUAAAACAAAGCAAUCUGGAAUUAUUGCUUUGAAAAUUAUCUUAAACAUCUUCUGUCUUUUUUAAGGCAAUUUUAAUGCAAUAAAAUGUAUAAUGUUUGGAUUUUACAUUUCAUUGCUGUUUAACAUUCUCCUAACUUAACGUCUCGGACGUACAAGGAGUGGGAGGAAGCGGGGUGGUUGCCAAUCCCCUCUGUUGGUUUGUUUUAUACGCCUCCGGUGGGGCGUACAAAACAAACCAGCUACGCGACUGACAAGCCAAGCCAACGACUUCGUAACGCUAAAAGCGAUGCAAGAGAGAAACCUCUGCUAGCAGCGUAAUCAUUAUAUAAACAAGAACGAAGAACUUUUUAUAUUUUAAUUUUUUGCAUACUUGUUUAAUUUUGUUUUGUGAUGGUGAAAAAGGGAGUCACCACUUUCAUCUCAUUUGAUAUGCGUGUUAACUUGUUCAUUUCCUUUCCUCUCUAGCUGGUAGGCUAGGUUUUCCAUUAACAUUUAACCAUUCCAUACACGAAUGGUCUCUCCAGAGGAGACGAGAGAAACAUUUUCAUUUAAUUCUAGGUACUCAUCCCACAGGCAGCCGAAGUGUAGUCCUUAAAUGACUGUUAACGUGAAGGAUUUGUAUUUGAAUUGAGUCCAGGUAAUAAACUCGAGAAUUUAAAUACUCACUGGAACUUCCAGUAAAAAACGCUUUACCUUGUUUACUUGGUUUGUUUUUGCUUGCUGUGUGGUUAUCAGUUUCCAAUCCGCUUCGAUUUAAGCGAUUUCCUUUACCCGAGUUUUCCGACUACUACAGAGAGGACUGCUCCCUUCAUACGGCAAGCAAGAACAAACCAAGUAAAUAAGGUAAAGUGUCUUUGAUUGAAAAUUCCAGCUAUUGUUUAUUUUCUUGAAUCUAUUACCGAUUUCCCAUACAAUCCUUCAUGUUUAUGGCUGUUUUGGGGAUUAAGCAAUAUGAUACCAGACGUAUUAGAGUUUUAGCCUGCGUAGAAAGCGUUUGAAAGUGAGCGCAAGAAGCAGGCUAUCUGAGCUUGGGCUACCUGUGGUCAUCCGGGUCACGUAAACUCAAAGUAAGUAUAUCACGUGAUGAGCUAACAGUUUGAACGUGAAUUAAAUGUGAUUUAAAAAUCAAAUUUGCUUUUGCCUUACACUUUUGUGACAGUUCCUACAAUGACGGCUACAAGCUCCUGCUCUAAUCUUCUUAUGCGUGACGCCAGCAAACCAAGUGGUACGAUUUACUCAACUGGUAGCUCUAGCUCGACAUACAGUAGUAAUAUGGAUUGCCGAUGGAAUCUAACUUCGAAUGCAGUGAUUGAACUUUUGUUCUACGAUUUCGCCACCGAAUCGUCAGCAGACUAUGUAAGUGUGUACGAUGGUGACUCGACCUCUGCACCUUUGAUUGGCCGAUUUAGUGGAAGCUCCCUCCCAGCACCUAUCACAAGUUCGUCCACCAAGCUAUAUGUGCGGUUUACGUCUGAUGGCUCUUUGCAGUAUAGAGGAUUUAACGCGCGUUACCGAGGUAUUUUUAUUCGUAGACAAUUUGAAUAGAAAAAGCGCUGGGAUCUUUAUUAGCGAGCUUCCUGGUUAGCAUGAUAAGAACUUCCCAGGCUUACACAUGAAAAAGAAACAAUAAUCUAACAAUAUUUAGUUUCGGUUCAACCUUGUGUACGAAAUUAGACUUUGACAGGAGCCUAUGAUGGGCUCCUGACUUUGACUGUAUAUCUAGGUGGAGUUUUGAAAGCGUUAGCCAAGAAACUAUCUCCAAAGUAGCCAAUAUAAAAGCUAGGCGCUUUUUUCUCUUUUCCUCUUUUCUUUCCUCCUCAAAAAGUCACGUGAUAUGUCACGUGACUAUUUUUUUUCUAAAAAUCUUAAAUGAUUGACAAACUAUAGGUAACGGGUUUAAGGAAAGAAAUCAAGCAAUAACAUUUUUCUCACUCGUAUUAAAUAUUUCUAACACUCAAAGUCAAAGAUUAUUGAGAGAUUUUGCAAAGUAUUCAAAAGUACUCCGAAAAAUAGCAAGAAGCUAAUCUAGGCAGUCUUACACAAUUAACAAAACCAUAGAUAAGCGGGUAGUAUGAAUAUAUAUGCGAAUAUAGAUCAUCGAUGUUAAGGACUGAAAGGAAGAAAGUGGGUCAAUAAAGCUGCUUUGGACAUACAUUUUAAAAUUUAUUUAUACGGUGGGUAUGCCAACAUAAUUAUCCUCUUCCUUCACGUUUGGAAUGACUGUCCAUAAAAUAAAAUAAAAUAAUUAUGAGGGAAUGUAUCUUAUUAUAUAAACACCAGUGAAAUAGAAAUACAACUUCUCUACUUGUGUUGAAAAACAUUUCACUCGUUCGCGGUGCUCACUCGUUAAAUAUAUUUCUACCUACGAAGAGAAAUUUCGUAUCUCCUCGCGGCCAUGUAAUAUCCUCUAUAUUUUAAAUGCCCAAAAUUAAUCUUUAAUUCUUAGUUUGUGAAUAAAAUUCAUUUUGUUCUAGGUAUCCUAGCGAGAGAUAUUGCCAAUCAAUCGAAAACAUCUUUGACCCAGACCUUAAAUCCUUGAGUUUUUCCUUUCCUUCCCCCUCGUUAGUGUGAUAUUCGGCCUUAUCGGACGAUUUUUGGUCCUUUUCCUGUCAACUGAUUGCAAAUCUUGUUAUGUUCGUGUGGACCUGAGAGAAAAAAUUCCCUCCGAUCUUUGACCCCACCAGAACGGAAUUUUAGAAAGUGUACAUUAUAACAAAAUAUGGUGUCUAAUAAUAAACCCACUUUACUUCUAUUUGAACGCUAGCUGUGACAUCCGGUUCAGUUCGACUCAAGGAUGGCACCCUAUCAGCUGGAAGAGUUGAAGUGUUCUAUGAUGGUCAGUGGGGAACAGUUUGCGAUGAUGCUUGGGACAUAAAUGAUGCUAACGUGGUCUGCAGACAGCUGGGUUUCUCGCAGUUAGGUACAAACGCUUGGAGCAGCGCCUAUUAUGGUCAGGGCUCUGGUCCCAUAUGGAUAGAUGACGUGGCCUGCUCAGGUAGCGAAUCACAUAUCUACGAUUGCAGACACCGUGGAUGGGGAAACAAUGACUGUACACACAGCAGAGAUGCCAGUCUACAGUGUUCUUAUGGUUCUGCUAACAUUCGUUUGGCGAAUGGCGGUGUUAAUUAUGGCCGAGUUGAAGUUUAUCACAACGGCCGAUGGGGCACAGUGUGUGACGAUCUCUGGGAUAUCAAUGACGCUCAUGUGGUUUGCCGUCAGCUUGGUUUCCCCAGUGCGUCCUCGGCACCUCACGGCGCCCGAUAUGGCCAAGGAUCUGACCCUAUCUGGAUGGAUAACGUCGAGUGCAGUGGAGCAGAAGCUUCAUUGGUUCACUGUACACGUAAUGACUGGGGAAUAGAAAACUGUAGUCAUAGCGAGGAUGCAAGCGUGGUCUGUAACACUUGA